UUUAAAAAAAAGAAAAAGACCACACGUCACGUGACCCCUCCUGACUCCCAGCCCCAUCAUUUGAGGAAUAACGGCCUCCAUAUAUCCUAUAUAUGUUUUUCUAAACGGCAAAUUCCUCCUUUCAGCAGCGCGUGAUAUCGGAGGGGAGAAAAAGAAUCAUAGGAUGCAAUUUAAAGAAAAAGGAGGAUUAUAGCAUUAUUCGUGGAUUGUAAACGGGAGUUUUAGUUCUGACGGCCGCUCAGAUUGACGUUUCUGCAUCUGUUUGGAAAGUGGAGGAAAACACAGAACAGUGAUUAUGGCUGAAAACAACUUCCCUCCCUUGCCAAGAUUCAUCCCCCUCAAGCCAUGUUUUUACCAGGACUUCAAUGAAAUCCCAGAUCAACAGCGCUCCAUGUGCAAGAGGCUCUACUACCUCUGGAUCUUGAACGCUGCCACGCUAGCCGUUAACCUGAUAGGCUGCCUGGCCUGGAUGUGCGGAGGUGGAGGAGCAACCAACUUUGGCAUGGCCUUCCUGUGGCUCAUACUCUUCACUCCAUGUUCCUACGUGUGCUGGUUCAGGCCCAUCUACAAGGCAUUUAAGACCGACAGCUCUUUCAACUUCAUGGCUUUCUUUUUCGUCUUCAUGGCUCAGGUGGUGAUAAGUAUCAUCCAGUCUGUUGGCAUCCCAGGUUGGGGGGUUUGCGGCUGGCUGGCCACCAUCACCUUCUUUAGCACCAACAUUGGCUCAGCUGUGGUGAUGCUGAUUCCCACCGUCAUGUUCACUGCCGUGGCUGUUCUCUCAUUCGUUGCCCUUACCAAGGUCCACAGCCUCUACCGUGGCAGCGGUGGGAGUCUGGGUAAAGCCCAGGAGGAGUGGGCCACGGGGGCCUGGAAGAACCCGCACGUCCAGCAAGCCGCCCAGCAGGCGGCGAUGGGAGCUGCACAGGGAGCCAUGCAGCAGAACCAGUACUCAGCGGCUCCCACCUACAACUAUGACGACCCAAUGUAGGACAGACGGGCCGGCCGGAGGAGUGGAGAGGGAGAGCUUAAAAAGGAACAAUUAUGAACACAACUAAGAAUUAGGUGCCCUUCAUUUUAAUGCAGGACAGGCUCAUUUUAAGGUAGGGAAAAAGGAGACAGAAACGUACUUUUAGGCAAAUUUAAAAGUUUUUAGAAAGUUCACUCUUAGAUCAACAAAUUGCUGUUAUUGUUUUGCUGCUCAGCAUGUGUGUUGAUUUCCUCCAGGCUGACAUGGCUUAAAGAUAUCCCCUGAGGUGUUUAUUUAAUUCAUUCAGGUCCCAUCAUGUGUUGCAGCACUCAAACUCACAAACUGACAUUUCCUGCUUGAUUUUGAAUCGUCUUUGUGUUGCUACAAUGAGUAGCAGCUAGUUUCUCAGCUAAUACUCAUUGGCUACCAUCAAAAUAUUAAGAGAACUUGUUAGAAAAAUCUCUAAUUUGAGGACUAGUUUUGGAAAAGUGUAAACAUUCAUUAGCAGCUUCCUAGCUAGCUAGCUGCUAGCACUUGUAUGAUAUAAUGGCUCCCUAACUGUUUAGAUAGCUUCUUAGCUUGCUACUAGCCAUUAUACUGCUAGCUAGCUAGCUUGGUAUAUAAGCUGGCUAGUUAGCUUAUACAGCUACCAAGCUAUAUAAGCUAACUAGCAGUAUAAAAUUAUAUCUGACUCUUUUUGAAUGCAAAAAAGGUGUUACAAUCAACCCUAAUUCUGUUUAUUGCAUCUUAAAACAGGAUUUUAGGGUCUAAUGUGGUAAGUUUUUCAGGAGUCAAAGUCAUUGUUCUACCUUCUCAUUUUGCCGCUAUGCUAGGCUAAUCUGCUAGCUAUAACAUCAAGUCUACAGCUGAAGCUACAGUUUAAUCAUGAGGAAUUUUUUUUGGUCAAAUAUUAUGAAAUGUUCACUGGAUUCAGACAAAUAUGUUGUCACCUCUGGUAAAGAUGUGUUAAAACCUUGUUAUAAAUGCAUCUGUCAUUGCAGAAGAAUCAUCCCACAAGAGAAAAAUUCAACCCAAACUUUAUUUUGAGUGUAUUUAUUUGAUGUAAAAAAAACCCCUAAAUGUUAGGAAGUAAUUGUUAAAUUUCUAACCGGUAAAACAACAGAUAUUGGGCACAAGGCAAGAAAAAGGUUCUGCCAAGACGACGUAGACAGAAAUUAUUCACCAAUUUAGAGAGAAAAUUUUCAGGCUUUACUAAACCAAUUUACAUAUAAUGUCAAAAUUAGCACAAAAAUAUAAUAAUAAAAAAUUAAAUAACAUUUUUAGACAGUUUAUCAGUUAAAAAAAAUUGAUUUGGAGUUAGCCACGCUAGCUGCUUUUCCAUUGACGAUGUGAUCGCACAGAUUGGAAUUAUGGAAAUAAUUAUGCAUAAUGGAAAAAAGGCAUUUUUAAAAAAAAACGUAUGUUUUUUGAUAUAAGGUUGAAAGGAUAGAAUUUCGCAUCACACGAGACAAGUCAUGUGAUCAACAACGGAAUGUUACUUCUGGCAGAAAUGACAAAGAAGACGACAGGAAGUGGAAGAAGAACAAGGGCACAGCAUGUUUUUAAAUCAUUUAUUGCAUAAACAAAUGGAUUCACUCGUGAUUUUAAUUGCGUUUCUUAUUUAAUGGAAACACAGCAGCUGCAAAAUUUAAAAUUUUUUUGACAUGAGCGAAAGAUCGACAAAGUUUGGGGCACAUUUGCAACGGAAACACAAAUGUGAACAAAUCAAAUGGUUCCAGUUAAAGAAUUAAAGCAGUGCGUCUUUAAUACAACCAUUUAUUUCUUAACAUUAUUUUAUUUUCCCCACUGAACAGUAAUCAUGUUGAAGGUUAGAUUUCUAACAUAUUGAAAACUUGAUUUAUUUGAAGGCCUUCACAUCUUUACCAAUGUUGCCAAUUAAUUUACCCUCUUCUGUUUAAUCAAGUUUGUUGUUCUGGGACCUGUUUUGUUUUAAGAUUAUUCAAUGUCUUCUACAUUCUCAGGUAAGGUGCGAUAGCCAUUUUUAAGCCUGUAAAACAUCAAGCUUUUUGGAUUUAUUUUGUUGUUUUAUUACCCCAGCUUACCCAUAUUGGAGUGUUUGGUUAUAAAUGUGUUGAGCAGGCUGAUUUUGGUUCAGUGUUUAGGGUUUUUAUUGGAUAAACAUUCCAAAUCAAUGUUGUACAGGAAAAGAAUGGAAGAAACCAAAACUACAGUUAAAAAAAGACACAAAAAUGGUAAAUUAUGGUAAUAUUUGUUGUAGGUGCUCAGUGGUGGAUGUUUCCCUCCCCUCUUUGGCAUAUUCUUCCAUUAACCCCCUACAUGUGGAUGCGUGUGAACGUCAGGCCUUACAUUAGUGCGUCAUCUUGUGGCUGUUGGUGUUAUUCCAUGAAAUAAUGUAAAAUAAGAUAGAAUAUUAAAUUGAAAGUCAAUUAUUUCCACUUAAGACUGAAGACAAGGUGUGAGAUUUGGUUAAUUUUUCAGCCAGAAAAUUUCAAACAACGGUAGUGUAAUUUUUUUUGUUUUGCUUUUGAGAACUUCCUCAGCAUUCAGUAGACGGUUAUUACAGUAAAAUAAAGUAUUUCGCUUGACAAAGCUGUGAAGAUGUAUAACUAAAUGGUCAUUAUUUCAAAAAUCUGUGGGUCGUCUUGUCCCGUUGUGAUGAUGUGGUUUUUAAUAAGCUCUGUUUUUACUUUUCUUGUUUUGGUUUUGUAUCCACCCCUGUUUUUCCUGUGUAUUUCGGGUAACGUGAGGUCGAGACUGAAGCACAUGGCUGUGGUGAAGUGUUGCUCAAACUGUAACUAUUUGAAAGUUGGUUUUUCAUUUAAACCUGCAGUAUGUUACUUUUAUUUAAAAAAAAACAAUUUUUUUUUUCACAUAUUUGUUGAAAAAAUUGAUCUUUGUGUUCUACUAGUGCUAACUAGAAACAACCAGUCAGUUAGGAGGCGGGUCUUAGCGCUGUCAAUCAUCCUCUCUGCAGAAAAACGGUUUCCCGGUAACAAUGAGUUGUUUCUCCACCAUUGGGACAUUUAAGAGCCAGUAUACAAGCAUGAUUGACAGCGCUGAACUCCGCUUCCUUGCUCUGAUUGGUUGUAUUUGUCCGUUUCGUUGGAUAGUAAAGGAUCUAAUUGAGGAGGUGGAGGAGUUUGAUGUUUUCACAGAUUAUCUCUUAUUCAUACUGUCAAGACUUGGUGGCAUUUUUAACAAAUAUGUAAAAAAAAAAAACAACUAUAUAUAUGUUAAAUACUGCAGCUUUAAUUAAAUGUUUGUGCUGGGUUUCCUGUGUUGAAAUUACAGUGAAGCAAUACGUCCUUAUAUAAUCGACAGGAUCUGGUCAGGUUCAGCACAAACUGGCUUCUUUUGAAGUACCUGGCUUUAUUAUAUUAUGAAACACAAAACAGGCUUGAUUAUUGAUUUUGCAACUUUUUUUCACCAGCAGAGGCUCAUAAAGUAGUUAUUACUGUAAAGGACACUACACAUCUGCUUUUCUUCCCUCCUGUACAGUAAAUGUAAAACAUUGCACAGACAUAUGCAGUUCCUGGGAUUAGAUGUGAAUUUAUUGUUUUCCAGUAGCUGCUGGUCCUUGGACAGAUGUCACUGCAUUUCGUGUCACAGUAUCAAAGCCUCUGGAAGCCAUUUUCCAUGUUUCCCACCUUUACUGCACUGUAUGUUGUAUGAAAUGUAUUAUCAUGUAUUCUAUCAUAGGUAGUCCUGAAUAUAUCAUGUGGUAAAUAUUUGCCACAUUCAGUAGGAACAUGCUGUAUUUAGAUGAAAUAAAUGUUUGAGGAGGCUGUGUCUCCAUAAGUGACGUAAACGAGGAAUAACAUUUUUGUGUAUUACUUUUGUAUUAUUUGGUCUUACCCUGAUAGAAAUUAAAUAGUUCUUGUUGCA